CUUGUGAUGAAGUCAGUAAACCACAGUGUUUAGCAGGCACUGCUCCUACCGUGGCUCUUCUGUGGUGUCUCAACCAUGACACACAUUUGACAUGCCCUUUCCUAGCCCCCUGACAGACUGGGGUGCUCCUGCUUUGCACCAUGGACCAAAAAGAAUUCCUCCAGAAGUACCUGGACGAGGCCAGAAACAAGAAACUCGCUCGGGAGGAGUUUGCCAGCGAGUUUCUGAAACUGAAAAGGCAAUCUACAAAGUAUAAGAUGGAUAAAACAUACCCUACAACGGUGGCUGAGAGGCCAGAAAACAUCAAGAAAAACAGAUACAAGGACAUCUUGCCCUUUGAUCACAGUAGGGUAAAGCUAUCCCUGAUAACUUCUGAUGAGGAUUCCCAUUACAUCAAUGCCAACUUCAUCAAGGGUGUAUAUGGUCCCAAGGCAUACAUCGCCACUCAGGGGCCUCUGGCUACCACCCUUCUGGACUUCUGGAGAAUGAUAUGGGAAUACAGUGUCCUGAUCAUUGUUAUGGCAUGCAUGGAGUUUGAAAUGGGAAAGAAAAAAUGUGAGCGAUAUUGGGCCGAGCCAGGAGAGACUGUUCUACAGUGUGGUCCCUUCUCCAUCUCCUGUGAAUCUGAAAACAAGAAAUCAGAUUAUGUUAUUAGGACACUAAAAGCCAAGCUGAAUAAUGAGACUCGAACCAUCUAUCAGUUUCAUUACAAGAACUGGCCAGAUCAUGAUGUGCCCUCAUCUUUAGAUCCUAUCCUUGAGCUCAUUUGGGAGGUCCGGUGUUACCAAGAGGAUGACAGUGUUCCUAUCUGUAUUCACUGCAGUGCUGGCUGUGGGAGGACUGGUGUUCUGUGUGCUGUUGAUUAUACAUGGAAACUACUGAAAGAUGGGAUAAUUCCUGUGAACUUCAAUAUUUUUAGUUUAAUUCAGGACAUGCGAACACAGAGGCCAUCCUUAGUGCAAACUCAGGAGCAGUAUGAGCUGGUCUACAAUGCCGUAUUAGAACUGUUUAAGAGACAGGUGGAAGUUCUCACAGAUCCCCGUGGCUCCACAGCUUCAGAGAUUCAAGCAAACAAGGGACCACUUAAGCCAUCACCAGCUCUAGAAGGUGUUCCCUACUCUUGUAUUCCAUCAGAUUGUCCAACUGAAGAAGACUCAUUAAAAUGUCAGCAGAAUAAACAUAUGGCCCAAGAAGAAACAGUACAAGUUUCAACAUCAGAUUGUGGUGCCCCUGAACCACAGCCAAGCCAAGGACUUAUCUCACAUCCAGUUAAACAGGACAUUUCUGUAGAAGUCUUAGAGUUAAAUGACAGUUGUGAGAAAAAUGCAGAUAGGUUUGUGAAAUGGGAGACAAAGUUAUAUCCACCUGUUGGGGAACCACUUCAAAAACAUGGAAGUUUGGACUUGAACACCAUUUUGGCUGGGACACAUCCCAACUCUGGAACAAAAAAUGCAAUGGAAAGACAGCUCAAUACAAAGGUGCCAUUAACACGGACCAAAUCAACUCCCUUUGAAUUGCCACCAGAGAGGCAACCAAAGGAGUGUGAAAUCAAUGCUACAUUUCCUUGUCUGGAUGCCCAUCAAGGUCAUUCCUACUCUUCUAUUGCCUUACAGGCUCAAAAGACAAAAAGUAUUUCUUCUGUGGAACUGAAUCGUUUACUAAGUGGUCCAAAGGCCCCAGUAUAUAAUCCUUCCCAUCCAAAGGCUCAUGUGUCUAAUACAUACAGGGCCCAUCCUUAUACUUUCUUGGCAGAAGAUCCUUACUUUUCACAACUGUCUCCAAAUACUAUAGGUCCCCCAAUGCGUGCUGAUUUCUUGAAGAAGCCAGAUGAAACUGUCUUUUCUUCCUCUUCAUCAUCUACAGCCACUACAACUCCAAUUUCUGAUGACUCUCCAGAGUUGGAUGAUGAAAUCCCUCCUCCUUUGCCUGAACGAACCCCUGAAUCCUUUAUUGUGGCUGAGGAAUCUGGAAACUUUUCAGAGACAACGUCCAAACCACAGUCUUCACCUGUGAGACUGAAAAUUGGGACCUCGUUGGAAUGGAGUGGAGUUUCCGAAACAGAGAGAGAUGAUGACUCAUUUCAACUGAGACCAAGUAAGAGUGUGAAGCCGAGAAGUCCUGAAACAGAGAUACAUCAGGAUCGUUCUUCAUCCCCUCCUCCUCCACUUCCAGAAAGAACACUUGAGUCCUUCUUUCUUGCUGAUGAAGACUCAGGUCCAAUGCAGGUCCAAUCUGUAGAAACUCAUUCUACCAACUGCUUGAAUAACUUGGAAGAUAUAACUUCUUCUCAACAGUCACUGAAGACUUCUGGAAAAGGUUUCACAAGGAGUAGGAGUUUAAAAAUUCUACGAAAUGUUAAAAAGAGUAUCUCAUUGCAACCAGUCAAACCAUCAGAAUCUGUACAAUCGAAUCACUCAAACUCCUUUUUGAACUUUGGUUUUGCAAAUCGUUUUUCAAAACCAAAAGGACCAAGAAAUCCGCCUCCGACAUGGAACAUUUAAUCUGAUUUACGACUUGCAUUCAGAAAAAUGCAAAUUGGCUACAAUGUUCUCUUAUGCUGUAAAUUCCAAAUUAAAACAUCAAAAUGCUGCCAGAUGAAAUAAAUGUGCUCAAUAAUUACCCUA